CUGACGUCGCACACUCCAGUCUUACCUCUGCCGUCAAUAUCACCACAUUCAACCUCUCCAGCUGCCGAAAAAUCGGAAAAUUCCAAUAUUUCAAUCGUCAAAAUGGUUGUAAACUUCAAAGUUUUCAAGAAAUGUUCCCCAAAUGGAAAACUCUCUCUGUACCUUGGUAAACGCGAAUUCGUUGAUUACUUGUCAGGUACAGAGGCGAUCGAUGGAAUUCUACGAGUGGACCAAGAUUACAUUGACUCUGGUCGAAAGAUUUUCGGCCAGUUGAUCUGCAGUUUUCGUUAUGGACGGGAAGAGGACGAAGUGAUGGGGCUGAAUUUUCAGAAAGACCUCUGCCUGGUGUCAGAGCAGAUCUACCCUCCUCAAAAAACCGACAGUAACGCAACUCGUCUGCAAGAACGGCUGCUAAAAAAAUUAGGCUCCAGCGCUGUUCCAUUCACUUUCAAUUUUCCCCAAUCUUCCCCAGCAAGUGUCACUCUUCAGCAAGGAAAGGAGGAAAGCGGUAAUCCCUGUGGCGUUAGCUACUACAUCAAGAUCUUCUGUGGUGAAAAUGACAGUGAUUUGACCCACAAAAGGAGCACCAUUUGCUUGGGCGUGAGGAAAAUUCAAUUUGCACCAACUAAAGAGGGAAGGCAACCUUGCACUGUGGUCAGAAAAGACUUCCUACUGAGUCCUGGUGAACUAGAGCUUGAGGUGACACUUGAUAAACAAAUUUAUAACCAUGGAGAACCCAUCGCCGUUAACAUUUGUGUCAGAAAUAACAGUAAUAAAAUGGUUAAAAAAAUAAAAGCUCUUGUGCAACAAGGAAUAGACGUAGUUAUCUUCCAGAAUGGACAGUUCAGGACAGUCAUCGAUGCUGUUGAAACGCAAGAUGGUUGUCCCAUCAGUCCUGGAUCAACGUUGCAAAAGGUAGUGUACCUCAGACCUGAUCUAGAGUGUAAUAGAGAAAGGCGGGGCAUUGCGUUGGAUGGCAGAUUGAAGAGAGAAGAUGAUCAGCUCGCUUCAAGUACCUUGUUAACUACUCCUGACGUCAAAGAUUCCUUUGGAAUUGUUGUUUCUUACGCUGUAAAGGUCAAACUAUAUCUUGGAGCACUUGGGGGAGAACUCACUGCCGAGCUACCAUUCAUCCUCAUGAGACCUAAACCCUCGGAAAAAAUUAAACUGGUGCCAUCUGAGAGUGUCAUGAUCGAAGAUGUGCCAGAGGAAAAGAACAAGGAAUAGUGCAAGUUGAGGGAAAUUCGGAGUGAGUGUUUAUUUAGAAGAUAAGUGGUAAGAUGGUAGUGAAACAGAUUUGAAUAUUUUGGCGCGAUAUGGGUUUUUCCGAAGAAGGAAUGUCAGACUUGGCAUUUUCACUUCUUCAUGCAAUUCAUAAUUGCAGAAAUAAUUGAAAGAUUAACUAGUAAUACGUCGACGCCUCUUACCACUUUUCUACUAACGUUUUCAUUCACCCGAAGGGGUUAAAAAUCAUUCGAUUUUCUUGUAAAUUCUUAUUUAGAUUUGUUUAGUUUGAAAAUGCAUGAGAUAACUAAAUAUUCUCAUGCGUUUUAUAACUUUUUUUCGUUAUAAUACUUUCGUUUUUUUUUUAAUAUGUUCAGAGAUUUAAAAAUACUAAAAUGUUGGAAAUUUUAUUCGACCAAAAAUAAAGUUGUGUUUGUAGAUGCUCCUAUUGCGUUAUUUCUACUAGAUACUGUCUAAUUUUCCAAUUUUUUUGUUUAUUUAAGAAAAGAGUUUCGUUCAGAAUGAUUUAAGCAUAAAUAUCAAAUUUUACCCGGCUGACUUGGCGACGAAUGCUGGUGGAGAAACGAGCGUAAUAAAGUCGAACAUGUCGUAGAAAAUUGUCUGAUUCGAAAAGGUCAACCGGAGUAUAAUAUACGAAAUACAAAAACGCAAAAUACCCAACUAUCCCUAUUUCAUAUAUAUAUAUAUAUAUAUAUAUAAAUAUAUGAAAAUAAUAAUUAGCUACUGAAUAUACUACUGAGAGGGUACGGCAUACUUCUGACUUGAUUUGAAAUUCGCCUCACUCAUCCAAAAAUCUACGAUACUAUAAUAAAUUAUUAUUGAUAAUACAAUUAUUUGCUUAUUGUUUUGCUUAAGUAUUACGAACUUAUUAUCUAAGCACGCAUCUGUUAUAAUUAAUACUGCUACAUGUUCACUACUAUCAAACUGUCUAUAAUCAAUAUGAUCAUUGUUAUGAAUAUUUGUUGUCAUAAUAUUAUGUAAACUACAGAAUUUAACUGCUUUAGAAAAUAUUCUCAAUAAAAAUCGUAGGAUUUACAACUUGAAGGAUAAUUUUGAUGUGGCGAGUGAUGUUUGAACAUGACCAUUAUAUAUUUGGUAUUUCAGGUGAGUUGAAGAUUACUACGCAUGUGCGGGCGGACAGCCAAAAGAAAGAAAGGACUGUUAUGAGCUGAUGCCAGGAAACUUACGAAUUUGCAAAUUCCAGAGACGAGUGUAUCUGGGGGAUUUCAGAGGAAUUGCGAACAUUUAGUUUAAGAUGUUUCAGAUUUUCGUCAUCUAUAAAACCGUUAAGUGCUCUUAUAUUGUCAAAAUUUCAAUGAGACAAUUUUUUAUUUUAUGUAUGAUGAUCACGUCUCCAAUGCAUUUUAAUUGAAUAUA